GCCGUGCACUCUCGCCGACCUUGCACCUGCGCGCUGCUGCCAGCUCAGUGCGCCGCAGAACUCCUGCCAGCUGCAGCGCAACGCACCCGACCUCUCGCCCGCUGCUGGAGCUGCUGCACGGCGGCGUGCGCGGGUCCGAGGCCUGCCUGCUCUGCAGGAGCGCAGCGAGGCACAGCUGCACUUCGCCCCUCCGCACCUUGGCAGCGCAGCCCGCUCGGGUGGCUGAUACGCUCGUGUCCGCACCGCGGCAGCUCAGACCAUGUCCUCCGCUCCCACCGCGCCAGACGGCGAGUACGACCCCUAUGCUCCCGUGCAGUGGGCCGAGUCUUCCAGCGAGCAGCACGGGCAGCGGCCGCAGCAGCAGCGGCAGGCGCCGCAGCCGGAGCGCAGCGAAUCGCAGCGGCAUCCGCACGCCCAGGAGCAGGUGCCGCCGCGCCGCCCUCCUGGGCAGUCCGCAACCGCGAGCACGUCUCGGCGCACGCCGCCCACGACCGCCCUGCCGGCGCACGCUUCCAUCGACGUGCCAGAGGAGCCGGCGUUUGGCGGACGGCCAUUCGCCGAGGCGCAUCGCCUGCGCAAUGCGCGCGAUCCGCCGACAGACGCGUCGUCUGAGCAGCAGCGUGAUCACGAAGAAGAACAGGACCUGUACAGCAUCCUGAACGUCCCGAAUGACGCAAGCAGCGAGGCCAUCCGCGAGGCCUGGCGCAGCGUCGCCGUCAUGCUUCACCCCGACAAGCAGCCCACGCCGGCUCUCAAGACACGCGCCGAGUCGCAGUUCCGCGCAGCACAGCGCGCCUACGAGGUGCUCUCCGACCCCGAGACGCGCGCGGUGUACGACGCUCUGGGCCAUCGGGGCCUGACGCACUCGUGGGCCCUGACAACGACGCGCGGGACGAGUCCGCAGGACUUGAUGCGGGAGCUGGAGCAGGCGAGCAUGCGCAAGGCCGCAGAAGACGCAGAGGCGCUGGUGAAGAACAAGAGCGACGUCGAGAUGCGCAUCGACGCCUCGACGCUCUUCUGCGACGCCGCGCGCGUGCCGAGAAUCGACCCGCAGGCGCCCGCCACGUUCGGCGACCGCUUCCACCGCGUCGGCACGACGCAGCUCAGCGCGCGGCACGGCUUCGACGUGCCCCUCACGCAGCACACGAGUGCCAAUGUCGCCGCGCAGAUGGUCAGCCGCGGCCGCGUGGGCGGCGGCAACCUAGUCGGCACCAUCAAGACUCAGUGGCGCCCGCAGCUCUGGACGGAGCUGACGGCCACGGCGAUCCGCCCGCACAUGGGCUCGCUGAAGGCGCAGUGGGACGUCAGCCAGCAAACCUUCUUUGCAUUGGCAGCGUCGCAGCAGACGCUUGCUGCGCCUCCAGUCAUCGCGCUGACGUAUGGCCAGCGGCUGAGUCCCUCGGCGCCGCUCAUGGGCUUCACGUCGUUCAAGACGGGACACUACACGCUCGGCGCAUGGGGCGCGGCGCUUCCGCUCAUGGCACGCGAGCCGCCGUCGAUCUCAGUCGGCAUGACGUCGCAGGACGGCGCCGACUCUGGCUGGACCGUCCAGUCGUCGCUAGCUCUGCAGAAUCAGGGCCUCUCGGUGAACUGGGCGCGCCGCGUCGCACUGCUGGGCGGAGCGCGCAUUAGCACGGGCCUCGACUUUGGCACCGCGUCGGGCGUGGAGGCCUUCUUCAACACCGAGCGGCGCAUCACAGAAACGCUUCGCGUGACGGUGGGCGUCUCGACUGGGCUGCCGCGGGGCGGCGUGACGCUCAACAUCAAGGCCAACCGCCUGGGUCAGAAGGUCUCGGUGCCCAUCCUGAUGGCGCCCGAGUAUCGCUCGGACGUCGUCGGCGCAUGCAUCGUCCUGCCAGUACUUGGCUUCGUCGCGCUGGAGCACCUGUACCUCCGGCCGGCGAAGCGAGCACGGAUCACCGACCGCCUGCGUACGCUGCGCGAGAAGAACCGCGACGUGAUCGUGGAGCGCCGCGUUGCUGCCCAGGAGGCGCAGGAGGUCAUGUUCGCCAGCACGCGGACCAAGGCGCGCCGAGCGUGGCAGCAGGGCGGCCUCGUCGUGCUCGAGGCGUGGUACGGCCGCCGCCAGCACUUUCCGCAGGCGACGGACGGCGACCCGCAGGCUCUGUAUGAAAGCGUAUGGGAGCACGCCGCGGCCGAUCAGUCGCCAGCCAGUGCGCUCGAGGGUGAUGUGUGGGACGUGCGAGUGCCGCUCCAGGCGCUCAUCAGCAAAGGCCAGCUGCUUGUGCCGGGCGGGCGGGCAAAGUCGUCGCUGCUCGGCUUCUACGACCCGUGCAUGGGCGAGCGCAAGCACCUCUUUGUCCGCUACAGCUUCCGCGGGCGGAUGCACGAGACCAUCGUGGGCGACACGGAGGAGUUCGCGGCGCCGCUGCGCGACCCCUAGCGAUGACCUGCACGCACUUUGACUCCUCGCACUGCGCAAUGCCACCACUUGAUCAGCCGC